CAACUCUAAUUAGAAUUCUGACACCAGGAACAUGAGGUGAGGAAUCUGUGUUCACCGACAGUCCGUGAAGGCAUCGUGGACAGCGGCGGCCCCGCCGACGUCGCAGUCACAUGACGAGGUGGACAGAAACAAACAUGGCGCCGCGAAAGUAAGGAAAAGUGCUGGAGGGCAGUUUGUUCAGGCCCCACCGCAGGACAGAUGAGAGGAGGAGGAGACCCACCAUCAUCAGGUGAAGCAGUUACUCAGGAACAGAGCAAGAUGGCGCUGAGGAAGCAAAAGCUCAUCGACGUGGCCUCUGAGAACCAGAAGGAGGAGGACUCGCAGGAGGACGAAGCUGCAGACGAGCAGGACGAGCUCUCGACGUCGCUGCUCGCCACGUCAAUGGCGAGGGAGAAACGGCAGAGGGAGAGCAAAUCCAAACCUAAAGAGAUGUCCGAGGACGAGAUGAUGGACUUGGCUCUGCGCCUGAGCGAACAGGAAGCCAGCGCCACGGCACUCAGGCGGCAGCAAGAGGAGGAGGAGGCCAUGAUGAGGGCCAUCAAGGAGAGCAUGGUCGGCCAGACGCAGGCGUGCCGGACCCCCAAGAGUCCAUCUCAGCCCACCGACGUUUCCCUCAGGCUCUGCUCCCGCCGCAAACUAGCGUACUCGAACGGGAAGACAACGCUCGCCAUCGAUCGAGGAGCCUCAGAGGACGGCUGCCUUCAAGCAGGAUCUGGAGACGGUGACAACGGGAAUUUAAAGAGGAAGAGGAAAGCGGGGAGUCCUCUGCCGGAGAUGCCAGACUUGUCGCAGACUCAGGUCUACUCUCAGGCGUCUCCCUGCAGCUCCGAGUCUCUGCCGGCUCUCCCCGACUCGCCGCAGAGCUCCGACUCCACGCAGAUCCAGGACUCACAGCUGCAUCGGUCUCCCGUCUUUCCACUGACGGGCUGCCGGGCGGAGGUCCGCAUCGGCCGGCUGAGCCAGGACUUGCUGGACACCUGCAGGAGCUCCGGGUUCGUGCUGUGCUCUCAGAAUGGUUCGAACGCCACCCAAAAGUCCCCUCGUCCCGAGAGCCCGACGUUCCCUGAAAGUGACGUCGCCUCAUGUCCCAAAAGCCCCGCCCUGUCUGGCACAGAUCCCGACAACAGCGACGAGAUUGAGCCGAGCCCCGAGUGCGCUAAAAGCCCCGUGUUUGGCAGGAACGCUCAGCACGAGAGGUCGCCGAGCGCCCGCAGACCUCGAGACGCCGUGCGCAGCCAAGACGGUGAAAACUCAGGAUUCACGUUUUCUUCUCAGGACAGUUUAACCCCCUCCGUGAGACCCACGUCCCCCGUGUUCCCACGAAGCCCCGGCAUUCCUCCAUCAGAACGGUUAGCAUUCCCAGAAAGUCCCAACAGAGGACAGGCCGAGCCAAGCCACGCCCACUCCGAGAGCCCCGUGUUCGGACUGCAGCAGCAGAGGUGCGAGAGUCCUCCAGCCAACAGGAAGGACGGUCAGAGUCGAUUGGACGGGCUGAAAGCGUCCGAGUCAGACGAGCUGAGCGGGCGGGCCAAAGCCCCGAACCCGGCCGGGAGUCAGCUGACCAGCGAUAUGACGCUAGUCUGGUCUGACGGGGACGAGGACGUCACGCCGACCGGCUCUCCCAGCCCCGUCUUCCCAGAGGAGACGUCAGUUCAUCAGGCGGAGAGCCCGGCGGCCUCCCUGAACCACGUGGCUGCUGCUUCAGGGGCGACUGGAUCAAACUGCAGCCUGCGUCCUCAGAGCAGCUCCAACAGACAAGCUUCACCUGAAACUUCUCCCAAGUCCGGCACAGAGGAGCCGCGGCCUGAUCGCAGCAGGACGCUCUCCUCUGCCGGCUCUGGAGAGUCCGCCGACUCCACCACGGUUCACUACUACUGGGGCGUUCCCUUCUGCCCGCGAGGCCUCGACCCAGACACGUACACGCAGGUGAUCGUGGCUCAGAUGGAGGUUUACGAGAAGACUCUGAAACGGGCUCAGCGGCGUCUGCUGAGGAAGGCGGAGUGGGGCGAGGCCGUCCUGCCGCAAAUGGAGGAAUCGCCGUCGCACGAGUUGCCCGCUGGAUCGCCUCAGCGUCACACCGCUCGCAGACGAGGUCUCAGGCUGAGGAGCAAAACUCAGGAUGAAGCUGCUGAUACUCCGACAGCAGAGGAGAAGGAGGAGGAAGAGGAGCAAACGAAGAUGGAAAACAAAGAGGAGGACGGGAAGAAGGAUGGAGACGAAGAACCGAUGGACGCUGAGGACUGUGAGGUUUGUCCAGAGACGCAGCUGAGCGGCGACAGCAGUCAGGACGUGACGCUGGUGUGUGACGCAGAAGAGCAGCCUGCAGCUAAAACUCCGGAGAUUCAGAUGAUCCUUCACGCUGAUCCUCCCUCCAGGAGCGAGCCACAGGUGGAGGAGGUGGAGGCUGACGCUCCAACAGGUGAACAGAUGGAGGCGGACGUCCCCAUCAGGAGCAGCGAGGGCGGCGCCAGUCAGCCUGCGAGCAGGGAGGAGGUGCAGGAGGACGGAGGGGAUCCAGAUGUGGAGGAGAUAAAGGACCAAGCGCCGUCGCCCGGGCCGGAGCCGGCCGUCGUCCCCCGCAGCCCCGAGACCGCCGUCGACUGCCCGCUCUGCCAAGCGUCCUUCCCCGCGAGCAGGAUCGAGAUGCACGCCGCGUACUGCGACGGCGAGGUGGCAGUCGUGGAGGAGAGGAGGCCCAAGGUCGACUACAUACAAGUGUCACGGAAGACUCAGAGGAAGAGAACACACAGAGCAAAUGCCGAAGACACAAAUGACGGCGCUGACGUUGGCAGGAACCAGGAGAAGUGCUACAUCUGUCAGAGAGCCGUGCCUCUGAAGGACUACAGCCGACACACCGAGCUCUGCAUCCAGCGCCACGGAUCCAAGACUGCAGCUAGGGGAAAUCUGCUGCUGGCUCUGGAUCAGACGGAGAGCAGAGACUCGGAUGCUGGCCCGUCUGGAUCCAAAGUCCUGCCCGGUGAUGUCAUCGAUCUGCGGGAUGAUGAUGAUGACGAGGAGGAAGUGUCAGCAUUCAGGGUCAGUAACUCUCCCAUCAGGUCCUUCACACCCAUCUCAGAAGCCGCCGACUGCCUUAUCGACUUCAAGAAACAGCAGCGAGCCAAGAAGCCGUACCAAAGACGCCGAUGAGGGUGGAGCCUUAACUGGAGCCCACAGCGGGCUGAAGGACAUUUCUGCAGAUCGAACUUUUGAGUGCUGAAAGUGCGUCGGGCUGACGCUGAAGAUGUCUCAGUCUACCUCCUCAUGAACAUUUCCUUUAUGUUACUGUAGCUUCGCUCAAACAUGAAAUGAAAUUAAAUGUUGGAUUUUCUGCCUUUGA